AUGAGAACCCGUAGAUCGAACCGUUCAAAAAGAUACUCCGAGGCCAUUGACUACGGACUCGAUGACGACGAAGAGACCAAUGGAACGUCAACACGACGCGCUGCUCGUGAAGCCUCCGAUGAUGACAACUUCGUCGUCGACGCAGAGGCGGCGCCAGCAGAGGAUGACGAUUUCAUCGCGCCAGACGAGUCGGACGUCGACAUAAAAGACGGCUCAUUCCUUGCAAUCGACAGCGACGAUGAUGCGAACGGCACAGGCAACCUGAACCGCAAGAAGCGAAGCUACCACAAUCGCAGGAAAUUACCACCUGGCCAUGACGCGAACGCCAUGGAUCCGUAUCCGCAGGAGUCCCGGUUCACACAGACGCGAAUGCAUCACGGCAUAUUCUCCUCGUGGAUACGCACGGCAUUCUGGGACGACUUUUACGGGCCCGAUCCCCAUGCCGCGGCGCGAGCUGCUGACAUGUUCCGCAAAUGGGCGCCGUACGAGGUCCUGCCAUGCAAACUGCUGGAUGAGGAAUGGGCCCUACAGCCGACACCGUGGGUUCGCGAUGACUUUGAGGCCCUCGAGGCUGCGAUCGCGCGUGAGUGGUACGAGCGCGUUCGCAAGGAGCACCGUGGCCAAGUCCAGCGACCGUUGGACGAGCUCGAGGCGACGCCGUACCUGUCUUCGAUUGGCGGGGCACUGAAAAUCCUCAGUGGACCAUAUCCCGACCAGCAGCAGUAUAGUCUUGGCCUCAACGAAACUACGGCCCUAUCUUCGGACGGCCUCCCAUACGGUUCCGAUACCAUGGAGACGGACAAGACGGCCGACAAGCCCGCCGGGUGGAUGUUUGAUGUCGGCGGUCUCGUCCUGGGCAUGAGCUGGGUUCCCCGGGCGAAGACGACGACGCAGAUCCUUGCACUAGCCGUGAGCCCCUUUACCGACCAAGACUACGAUUGGCAGCAAGAACAAGACUAUGUGAACGAUGAGAUGGAGCGGGGCCGCAUCCAAUUAUGGGAGUUCAAGUGGGAGCAGGCAGACAAUGGUGUGAAGUAUCCGUCAAGGGAGCGACCUCGGCUUCUUCAGACUCUUUGUUUCGAUUGGGGCAGGGCGAAGACCAUGCACUGGUGCCCCGUACCUUCGGCUGUUGAAGGUCACCUGGGUCUCCUGGCUGUCUUGUGCAACGACCGCCAGGUUCAUAUACUUGACUUGCAAGAACCUGACAACGAGUCAAGUCCUUACAUUAAGAUCGAGACUUCCAUGGCCACGAUAGGAAGUCUACCGGGUCUUCCAGCAAGUGUCACUAUAUUUGCUUGGUCUGGAACCAACCGCAUUGUCACUGCACAUACUGACGGAUCCAUUGCACUCUGGUCUCUCCAUCCUCCGAAGUGCCUCUCACGACAUGCCGUACAUAGCACACACGUCUACCACCUAGCCACAGGCUACCCCUCGAAUCCUUAUCUCGUGGCUUCGACUCCCGUCAGUGGCCUGACCAUCGUCAUCGACCUGCUCGAUCCCAGCGUCGAGACGACGUCACAGACGAAUCCCGCCAUCGUGCCCCAACCAGAUCUCUUGCAAUGGUCAGAUCAUCUUCAAGGCUUCGUCUCCAUUUCCCCGUCCUCGCGGCCUCUCAACAGCACAGUUGGCUUCUUUCAUUCGCGGGCUUUUUCCGCCACGAUGCGCAAAGUCAUCGAUGGCGACGCCCUCCUGUCAUGCCUCGCCGUUGGCGUACAGCACCCUUUCGUGCUCAUCGCCUUCCUCGACGGCACCGUAUGGGCUUGCAACCCCAUGCACCGCGUCUUCGCUCCUCGCCACUACCCGCCCGCAUGGAAGCUGAAGCUCUUCGAGCACGAGCACAUUCCGCGCAUGCGCCUUGGCGCCGACCUCAACCCGCCCGAUGACCCUUGCCGCGGCGUGUCCCGAAUCGUGCAGGGGUGGAAGCCCGUCAUGAACAAGGGCCCGCAGGCGUUGAUCAACUUGGCGCGGAACACGCCUUCGGCACGACCGCCGAAGAAGAAGAGUAGGGCCAUCCCACGGCUGAAGAAGGCGAAGAAGAAGGCAGAGGAGGAGGCGGACCCGGGGGCUGCAGGAGCUGGGGAGAAUGGCGAAGACGGCGGCCUCUAUGCUGACCCUGAGAAGAUCAUCCUGCGAGAACCGCUAUCGAGGGCGACGGCUAUGGCCUGGAAUCCUAAUAUGGAGUUUGCUUGCUGGGCGGCCAUAUCGCUGGCGUCAGGGUUGGUCAAGGUGAUGGACCUCGGCGUGGAUUACCUGCCAGAAUAA